CUGCACACGCAAACACACACGCACACGCAUGCACACACACACACGCACACACACACACAUACACACCUCCACGGAGCGAAACUUCCGAAAAGCAUGUGAUCGGGCUGCACAUUCAUCACAUUUGGCCAACUUUCAAUAAAGACGCACUGGAACGCACUUUUUUUUUUUCUUUCUUCCCCAUUGCAAAAAAACAACAACUUCGUGGUGUUGGAUUAGGUGUCACGGCUGUGGAAAAUUUACCCCGGGGGAGUUUUGAAAGAACAACAAGUUGCCGUCAUGUCGAGGUAUAACUUCUCGCUGUGCUUGAUGGUGCUCGCCUCCCUGGGACGGUCGGGGAGCGACGAGCCCAAUCUGCCGCUGCAGCCCCCCACGGACGCCGGGCCGUCGCUCCCGGACGAGGACGCCGGCGCCCACGAGUGCUCCGCCUGCGUGUGGCGGGAACAAAGCAAAGUGCUGCGGCUGGAGACCAUCAAGUCGCAGAUCCUCAGCAAGCUGCGCCUGAAGCAGGCGCCCAACAUCAGCCGCGAGGUGGUCAACCAGCUGCUGCCCAAGGCGCCGCCGCUCCAGCAGCUGCUGGACCACCACGACUUCCAGGGCGACGCCGCGUCCCAGGACGAGUUCAUGGAGGAGGACGAGUACCACGCCACCACGGAGUCAGUCAUCACCAUGGCGUCUGAGCCGGAGUCCAUGGUGCAGGUGAACGGAAAACCCAGCUGCUGCUUUUUCAAGUUCAGCCCCAAACUGAUGUUCACCAAGGUGCUGAAGGCCCAGCUGUGGGUGUACCUGCGCCCGCUGCAGCAGACCUCCACCGUCUACCUGCAGAUCCUGCGGCUCAAGCCCAUCACGGAGCAGGGCAGCCGCCACAUCCGCAUCCGCUCCCUGAAGAUCGAGCUCAACUCCCGGGUGGGCCACUGGCAGAGCAUCGACUUUAAGCACGUGCUGCAGAACUGGUUCAAGCAGCCGCACACCAACUGGGGGAUCGACAUCAACGCCUUCGACGAGAGCGGCAACGACCUGGCUGUUACCUCGCUGCGACCCGGGGAGGAGGGGCUGCAGCCGUUCCUGGAAGUGAAGGUUCUGGAGACGACCAAACGCUCUCGGAGGAACCUGGGCCUGGACUGCGACGAGCACUCCACCGAGUCCCGCUGCUGUCGCUACCCUCUGACGGUGGACUUCGAGGCCUUCGGCUGGGACUGGAUCAUCGCCCCCAAGCGCUACAAAGCCAACUACUGCUCGGGCCAGUGCGAGUACAUGUUCAUGCAGAAGUACCCGCACACUCACCUGGUGCAGCACGCCAAUCCCCGGGGCUCGGCGGGGCCCUGCUGCACCCCGACCAAGAUGUCGCCCAUCAACAUGCUGUACUUCAACGACAAGCAGCAGAUCAUCCACGGCAAGAUUCCCGGCAUGGUGGUGGAUCGAUGUGGUUGCUCUUAAGCUGCAAGGACGACACGCUUGUGCACGUUCACCAUUCCAUCAAAACACACAAAACCCAAACGAAGCCGUCCCCUGGCACAAGAACACACUCCUUGGCACCAGAUUUCACACACACACACACACACACACACACACACACACACACACACACACACACACACACACACACACACACACGCACGCACACAUGUCCUUGAUUCCAGCUUGUAAAAGUUCAAUCGAAACGAGGGACUGAGCCAAGGAAUUACGAAGUGAACGUGAGGAGUUGCAGAAGUAAGUUUUUAUGAAUCGUCCACGUCAGCCGACGGAGAUGACAUUUCAAGCUUGGUCCGUCCUGAGGGCACCAAGACCUGUUGGACACGACUCUAUGUCACACACUCUUACUCGCAGGUGAGCCACAGAACAAAACGCUUCGAGCAAAAUCAACAGCUACUCGUAGAAAUGCAGUGAAAUGUUGUUUACAGACGUCUUCAAACGUGACGCGGCGAAGAGAUCCAAAAACCAAAUCCCUAAUGUGUAACACCCUGGCGUGACCUUCUCGCGUAUCUACAAACCCUUUUCACUGCCGCUUUGAUCUCUUUCAUUUGGAGUCUUGUGAAAACUCCAAAAACUGCUAUUUGUGCUAAAGCAGCUGCUCGGCUUCGCUUGUACACUUGAGCCCAAAGUCGUCAGAUCCCGAAUAUUUAAUUGUUGUACUUUUAUCUUUUAGCUGGGAGAAAGUGGAGAAGACUGACUUCUGUCAAGUUCUCUGAAUGAAUCCGGCAAUCAUUCCCUGUAAUAUCAAUUCGUUUUUGAGUGAUCGGUACAUAACUAACUGUAUUUGAACGCCCAUCACCAGACUCGUUAUGGCGCCCACCAAGAAUUUCCUGUAAUAUCAAUUAGUUUUGGAGUAAUCGGUACAUAACUAACUGUAUUUGAACGCCCAUCACCAGACUUGUUAUGGCGCCCACCAAGAAUGUCCUGUAAUAUCAAUUAGUUUUGGAGUAAUCGGUACAUAACUAACUGUAUUUGAACGCCCAUCACCAGACUCGUUAUGUCGCCCACCAAGAAUUUCCUGUAAUAUCAAUUAGUUUUGGAGUAAUCGGUACAUAACUAACUGUAUUUGAACGCCCAUCACCUGACUUGUUAUGGCGCCCACCAAGAAUGUCCUGUAAUAUCAAUUAGUUUUGGAGUAAUCGGUACAUAACUAACUGUAUUUGAACGCCCAUCACCUGACUUGUUAUGGCGCCCACCAAGAAUGUCCUGUAAUAUCAAUUAGUUUUGGAGUAAUCGGUACAUAACUAACUGUAUUUGAACGCCCAUCACCAGACUCGUUAUGUCGCCCACCAAGAAUUUCCUAGAAAAUAGUCAGCAUUUUUUGCCACUUUUUGUCAUUUCCAGCUAAAGAAAAACAUUUUCAUGUAAAAAAGCAAACAAAAAAAAUUCACUUUAAUCCUUAGAAUGUUGCUAGUUUAUGAAUACUUUGCAGCCUAAGUGUACAUUGGGAAGGUGAGCAGGAAUCAAAACAAAGAAAUUCCCGAUAAUGUUAAUAAGAGUCAUUGAUGUAAAUAAAAAACGUAUAAAAGUUCAUGGCUGACGAAUAAAACGUGCGCUGCAGUGUUCAUAUUUCAGUUGAUUUGCUCAAAUACUCACAGCUUCCAAUGCAAAAGAGAACGUUCUUCACGCCGCUCACUGUCGUUAGGAAGCCUAUUGGAAGAAGUCUCUCCGACCCACGUCCCGUUCCUAAUGACGUGACAUUGGAGGAAGUCUCUCCGACCCAUGUCCCAUUCCUAAAGACGUGAUAUCGAAAGAAGUCUCUCCGACCCACGUCCCGUUCCUAAAGACGUGAUAUUGGAACAAGUCUCUCCGACCCACGUCCUGUUCCUAUUGACAUGUCAUUGGAGGAAGUCUCUCCGACCCACGUCCCAUUCCUAAAGACGUGACAUCGGAGGAAGUCUCUCUGACCCAUGUCCCUUUCCUAAAGACGUGAUAUCGAAAGAAGUCUCUCCGACCCACGUCCCGUUCCUAAAGACGUGAUAUUGGAAGAAGCGACCCACGUACCGUUCCUAAAGACGUGAUAUUGUCAGUGCUUGAGUACAGUAGAGGUUAGUCAAGUCAAAGUGUGUCUUUGUCUCCUGGAUGUCCGAGCAGAGACAUCCAUUUGUUGUAAACGAAAGCACUAUGCUGUUGGAUAAAGGAAGAGCCUUCUGACAUUAUUAUAUAUAUAAAUGAUAUAUGUAUAUAUUUCAAGAAAAAAGGAGUACAAAAAACUUUUUUGGGGGGGGGCACUCGACCUUACCAACAAUAAAUUUUGCACUAUGGCAUGAGGAGGUAAAGUGUUGUUUGUGUGUGAGCUUGUACAGUAGCCCAGACUCUGCAAGCGUUCACACCAACUAGCGAGCUUAGCACGCCGUCUUUGGUGCAUCACACUUUUCCUGACUUUUGUCCGAAGCGGGGACCUGUCCACACAUACUGUGCAAAAAAUUACAAGACGCCGCAAAAGAGUUCCCUUUCACACACCAAUUUAAGGCCCGGGAAGUUUUUACAAAGUUUAACUUUUUUUUACCCUUUAUGAGAUUUUUUUUAUUAGCAGCAUAUGCUACAAUCGUCAAAAUUAUGAAGACAUUUAGGGACGCGGUCUUAAAAUACGGCGAAUCUACAGAAUACGGUGGUACCUCGCUUGUCGCUAGUAAUCUGCUUCAAAAGGUCAAACAUAAACCAAAUCGUGUCGAUCCAUUUCAUUCGUCUUAGACAUCCAAAAAUAAAAACACAUUUUAUAGAGAGAAAUUCCUAAAAUUCACAGUAAUACACUGUAAAAACAACUUUACAGCAAAAGAAAACUGGCAGUUUAGUCACCAAAAUUCUACCGUAAAUCUAUGAUGGUUUUUUUAAAUAUUACUGUAAAUUUCAAAAGUUUUAAUUGAGCGGCCAGUUUUUUACCAUUUUAAAGUGUUUUUUCCAUUUACAGUAAUUCACUGUAAAAGCAACAACCGUAGAUUUUACAGCAAAAAAAAACCAAGUUGACAGAAUUUUACCAUAAAUGUUUUUUUGGUUUUUUUAAUUACAGCAUUAUGCUUGAAAAAAAACACUGUAAAUAUUACAGUUAAAUCUUUUUUGUACAAUUUGAUGGAUAAAUUGCUUUGAAAUCCUAAUUGAAGCAGAUAUUGAAGUAUUUAUUGCAGCUUUCCGCUGUACUCGAUUAAAAUACAAAACAAGACUGAGCACCAACUUGUGAACUCACAGAGUACCGAGACGUGUCCGAAAAACUAAAUCAGCGUGCGAGAAGCCAAGGUACCACCGUGUAAGACUUUCUCUUUUUCAAUUGAACGACUGAAAUACAGUCGGAAAGGGAUUCAUUUGUCACGGUUUACCUAACACAUGAAAUGUGACAAAUUGGGGGGGCUGCACUAUCCACUUGAGCAGUCAGAGUGUUGAAUAUCUUAAAAUGUGUUUUUGUGGCAAUUCCAACUUUGUCGAGUGGCGCUUUCCGUCAUGUCCAGCAGACUGCAUUGCAAAAUUAUGAACCCCCUCCUCCUCCUCUCACGUGAGAUCCACUCAGGAACGGGGCCGUGUGAAUCCCUUCCCUACUGUACAUGAACUUUCUUUCAAGAUAUUCUAAUGGUCUUCAGUCCGGGUCCCGCACGAUCUAGUCCUGCGCCAAAACCUUGGGCGACAAGUCCCGUGUGUGACGCCAUGAUGCUUUAACUGGAAAUGUCCCCGCUCAUGAGGCUAGCCAGACCUGGUCCACGUGUCCAAAGUCCUUCAGGCGUGUUUGAAGGGGCGGAGCUAUCCAGGGAUCCAAAGUGGAGGAGGACAAGUUGUGGUGCGAGAACUUUUGGAACCAGAACGCUGGGACUGGUCAGUCCUAUUUAUUCCUUCUCACCACAAAGUCUGUCUACCUCACUCAGCCGCCUUUUGGAAAUUCUAAGUGUAAAUGUCACCUGUAAGAAGCCCCGCCCCCAGAAAGAUGGGUCCCUGUAUUCUCUGGUUGGCCCCCAGGUGUAGUUACUAGCUGUGGCCACCAGGGCUUCACUCCUGCUGCCAUGGAGUCUUUGUGUCCUUUCCCGUGUGCGAGUGUUGUGUACAUAAAGUUUGUCACCUGAACACAUGAUGUUUGUUUGUCACCUGAACACAUCAUGUUUGUCACCUGAACACAUCAUGUGUGUUUGUCACCUGAACACAUCAUGUUUGUCACCUGAACACAUCAUGUGUGUUUGUCACCUGAACACAUCAUGUUUGUCACCUGAACACAUCAUGUUUGUUUGUCACCUGAACACAUCAUGUUUGUCACCUGAACACAUCAUGUUUGUUUGUCACCUGGACACAUCAUGUUUGUCACCUGAACACAUCAUGUUUGUCAUCUGGACACGUCACCUGAACACAUCCUGUUUGUCACCUGAACACAUCAUGUUUGUUUGUCAUCUGGACACGUCACCUGAACACAUCCUGUUUGUCAUCUGGACACGUCACCUGAACACAUCCUGUUUGUCACCUGAACACAUCAUGUUUGUUUGUCACCUGAACACAUCAUGUUUGUUUGUCAACUGGACAAAUCAUGUUUGUCACCUGAACACAUCAUGUUUGUUUGUCACCUGGACACAUCAUGUUUGUCACCUGAACACAUCAUGUUUGUCAUCUGGACACAUGUCACCUGAACACAUCAUGUUUGUCACCUGUUUGUCACCUGAACACAUCAUGUUUGUUUGUCACCUGAACACAUAAUAUUUGUUUGUCACCUGAACACAUCAUGUUUGUCACCUGGACACAUCAUGUUUGUCAUGUGGACACAUGUCACCUGAACACAUCAUGUUUGUCACCUGGUUGUCACCUGAACACAUCAUGUUUGUUUGUCACCUGAACACAUCAUGUUUGUUUGUCACCUGGACAUAUCAUGUUUGUCACCUGAACACAUCAUGUUUGUUUGUCACCUGGACUCAUCAUGUUUGUCACCGGAACACAUCAUGUUUGUCAUCUGGACACGUGUCACCUGAACACAUCAUGUGUGUCACCUGUUUGUCACCUGAACACAUCAUGUUUGUUUGUCACCUGAACACAUAAUAUUUGUUUGUCACCUGAACACAUCAUGUUUGUCACCUGGACACAUCAUGUUUGUCACCUGAACACAUCAUGUUUGUCACCUGGACACAUAAUGUUUGUCACCUAUUUGUCACCUGGACACGAAAUGUUUGUCACCUGAACACAUCAUGUUUGUCACCAGGACACAUAAUUUUUGUCACCUGUUUGUCACCUGGACACAAAAUGUGUGUCACCUAGACACAUAAUGUUUGUUUGUCACCUGAACACAUCAUGUUUGUCACCAGGACACAUAAUGUUUGUCACCUGUUUGUCACCUGGACAAAAAAUGUGUGUCAUCUGGACACAUAAUGUUUGUCACCUGGACACAUGUCACCUGAACACAUCAUGUUUGUCACCUGUUUGUCACCGGAACACAUCAUGUUUGUCACCUGGACACAUUAUGUGUGUCCCCUGUUUGUCACCUGGACACAAAAUGUUUGUCACCUGAACACAUAAUGUUUGUCACCUGGACACAUCAUAUUUGUCACCUGGACACAAAAUGUUUGUCACCUGGACACGAAAUGUUAGUCACCUGGACAUAUCAUAUUUGUCACCUGGACACAAAAUUUUUGUCACCUGUUUGUGUCUUGGACACAAAAUGUUUGUCACCUGGACACGAAAUGUAUGUAAUCUGUUUGUCACCUGGACACAAAAUGUUUGUCACCUGGACAGGUUCACCGCUUCUUCAUUCUUUGUGUAGUUGGAGAGGAUUCAGCCACCUUGUAGUUUGAUGAACAACUGUUCUU